AUGGACAAGGAUGGACAAGAAAGGAAAUUGCAACUAAACGAGUUGGAUGAGCUUAGGAAUGAAGUGUAUGAGAACGCUAAGAUCUACAAGGAAAGAACUAAGUUGUACCAUGACAAAGCAAUACAAUGGAAAAAAUUCCAAUCAGGGAAAUUGAAGUCAAAAUGGAUUGGCCCAUUCAUAGUUCGAGAAGUGUUCUCUCAUGGAGCGAUGAAGAUUAAAAACUUGAAGACAGGAAACCGAUUCAAAAUUAAUGGAUACUGGCUAAAGGCUUACUAUGAAAAUUAUGCUCCAAACAAGGAAGUGGAGUACUUCAAUGAUCCUGAAUGA